CUCUUGUGUGUGUGUGUAUAUAUACGGGUAGAAACCAGUGGUCUUGGACUCUUGUCCUUGCCUUCCAAGAAUUGAGCCAAAUAGGAGGAAGAGAAGGAGAAAAAACCCAUCAUAUAUAGAAAAUAGCUCUUUCUCCCUUUCUUCCCAAGGCAAACGGAAAAGAGGAGUAGAGUGACAUGGGGAGACUACCUUGUUGUGACAAAGUUGGUGUGAAGAAGGGCCCUUGGACUCCAGAAGAGGACAUAAUCCUAGUCUCUUACAUCCAAGAACAUGGCCCUGGGAACUGGAGGGCUGUUCCUGCCAAGACAGGCCUACUGAGAUGCAGCAAGAGCUGCAGGCUUAGAUGGACAAACUACCUUAGGCCAGGGAUCAAGCGUGGCAACUUCACUGAUCAGGAGGAGAAGCUCAUCAUCCACCUCCAAGCUCUUUUGGGCAAUAGGUGGGCAGCCAUAGCUUCUUAUCUCCCUGAGAGAACAGAUAAUGACAUCAAGAACUACUGGAACACCCAUCUGAAGAAGAAGCUCAAAAAGCUUGAAACUGGUGCUGAUGGCCUGACUACCAGUGGGGUCUCAAGCCAUCAGUCCAUCUCCAAAGGCCAGUGGGAGAGGAGGCUCCAGACUGAUAUCAACACUGCAAAGCAAGCACUUUGUGAAGCUUUGUCUCUGGAGAAGCCCAAUUGCCUGUCUAGCUCCAAGGCCUCCUCCAGUGGCUCCAAUUCGAGCACUAGACUGUCGACCUACGCGUCGAGCACCGAGAACAUAUCUCGGCUUCUCGAGGGGUGGAUGAGGAAAUCAACAAGGCCCGGUGCUUGCCAGGCCAAUUCAGGAUCGACACAGACCGACUCAGCUUGCAGCCAGGGGACGCCAAGCGCCACCAACUGCAUCCUGUCGCUGGAGCCGCCUGAGCUGUUGUUCGGGCCCGACUCCUCGACGCCGGAGGCAUCUGAGACCAGCCUCCAGGGAGAGGAGAGAAAGCUGGUAUGGGAGGCCCAAGAGCCCCUCUCCCUUAUUGAGUCAUGGUUGCUUGAUGAGAGUGUUGGGCAAGGGCAGUUGAGCCUUCUUGACAUGGCACUAGAUGAUGCGUCUGGGUUGUUCUAAAGAGGGUGUUGUUAGCCUUUUGCUUGUUUUCUAUUUUCCCCUUUCUUCUUGGGUAGGUAAUGAACUAAUUUGGUAAGUUCUACUGAUGCUUUGAUGGGAAAGUGAUCCAUCAGUGCAAGGGAAGAAGUGUAAAUUACCUAGUGCCUGAUAUAAACAGUGUUUCAUAAUUUAUCCAAUAUAUAUGAGAAUGUUUUCAAUA